AUGGGCUUACUCAACUGGAUCGCCGGCGGCCCAGACGUGCACAAGAAGAUGGCCGACACCGGCUUCGACUCCGCUACCUGCGACUUCGACUGUGGUUCGUGCCACUCGGAGUUUCCCAAGUCGCUCAAGAUCGAGCAAGGAACGAUUUUUGGCUCCACCAAGGACUAUGGCGUCCAUUUGAUGGUUGCUACCGGCAAGACCGACUGGCCACACGAUGCCACGGGAGUUUCACACACCCUUGCCCACGCAGUGGCCCUGUGGGCUGGCCACAACAGCUCAUCGGAGUUGGGCCCCAUCAAAACCACGGUGUCGUCAUUGUGCACAGACGAGUUGUUCACCAACCCGGAGUACAUCAGCGAGGCUCGUGGUGACGUGUUGGUGUUGCCAUUCUUUGUGUGGAUCCGCAACCUAGCCAUCUCCGACGUGAAGACGGUAAUGAGCACAGUGGUGCAAGACCUCGCCUCCGCCCGCAAGGAUCGUCUCAAGGCUCCUCAGCUCUCGUACCCCCAGUUCCCAGACAUCAGGCUCGAGCUCGACACCAACAGAGCCCAUAUCAUCCUCUGCUCCCAUCGGACCCGUGACAAGCGAUGCGGCAUCACUGCCCCAAUCAUGAAGAAGGAGAUGGAAAUUUAUCUCCGCGAGCAGGGCUUGCUCCGCGACCACGGCGACCCCACGCCUGGCGGUGUCAAAGUCAGCUUCACCAACCAUAUUGGCCAGCACAAGUUCGCAGCCAACGUCAUCAUAUACUUGCGGAACUCAGGAAAGAACAUCUGGUUGGCCCGUUGUACGCCCAAUAACGUUCGACCCAUUAUAGACGAGUGUGUUUUGAACGACGGGAAGGUCUGGCCAGACCAUGUCCGACUUCUCCAGCAAUUCGAACCAAUAGACUGGUAG